CGUUGCAUUCCUUUUGUAGGCCGCUGUUGCAAGUAGAACACUCAGUCACUAUCCCUGCGAACAGAAGCAAGCGAAUUGAAAUUUUACAAUGGCUUCCGUUCCUCCACCAAUAACUUCCACAGUCGUGGACUACCGUCUUUUCCUUGGCGGCCCGAAGAAGAAUUGUGAGCAAUUGGCCACGCACCCGGUGCUGGGGAAAGACGCGUUCACGUUUAGUCACAUCAAAAAAGCCAGAAAAGAAUCAAAGAAGGCUUGUGCCGCUAACGGUGAAGGAGCUGCUACUUCGUCCUCUUCCGCCACAAAAGGAGAUGAGGACAAGCAGGGAGGAAAACUUGGAGCUUCAUCUACGGUUGAAAGUCAAAUGCACCGAAAUAAGUCCAGCAAGCGUGUCUUGUCGAAAAGAAAAGAUGGACAAGAAACGACACGUAAUUUUUCAGGCGCGACGACGCGAGGAGCAGAGUCGUCAACGGAUGAUGAUGAAGCCCAAAUCUUCCCCAUUGUUAACGCCCUAGAUCCCGUCCGAGGUUUCGGCACGCGUAGUGGUCAGCACGCAAACCCGAAAGAACAGGGGGGACGAAACACGACCCUUGCGGGAGUAAAAAUUCGGUCCCGCUCAAUUUCGGACUUUUUCCAGGUGAAAGAUUUACAUUGGGCGACGGAGAUCCGGGGCGGCCACCGCGAUCCGCUGUACUCGGUGAGCGAGGCGGUUUCCGCGAAGAAGCUGGAGAUUUUGCAAACCACGUUGCAGCAAUUCAUCGAGCGGAAAAUCGACGCGCAGAUUGUGGCUGCGAAGAACGCAAGGAGUGGUGGCGCUCCCGGUGAUUUUGCCUCAAGUUGUUCCUCGCCGGCAGAGCAGGACAGUGAAGAUGGUUAUUUCGACUCGUUGCUCGGCCCCGCAAAGCAGGUGCACCACCAGCGCAACAAAACGCCAACUUCGAAGAAGAUGAAAAUAAACACAUCAAGCAAUACGCGACAACGACCCUGGAUUCCCGUUCCUGGACUGGAAUUGGAAGACCUUCCCUUGCCGGAGAGAACGAAAUCCGACCCGAAGCGCGACGCGGCAAAAUUGGCGGACGAGGUGCAGCAGUGUGAGGCGGAACUGUACGACCUGGUUCACGCCCUGGACGAAGUGGAGCAGAGUCGGGAAACAUCAAGAAACGACAAAGCGACCCGGCUAGUGUUGGCCGCACGAUCAGAGGCUAUGGAUGUGGAAGGCACAGGCAGGAAUGUUCUUGAUCAAAUAGAAGACGACGCCACGCUUUCCGCCAGCCCGCGUCUGGACGGGAAGUCCGAGGUGAUUCAUUUAGACGAGAUGUGGAGCCCGGCGAAACGGCGGUUCAAGGAGAUCGAGCAGCACCGCUUGGAAAAUCCGUUCCACCAGGAGCGGCAGCAAAUGGAACUGAACCGGUUGCUAUGACAGUGCACAACUCCCCCUCCCCCUUAUUUGUGUAGCAUGAACGGCAAUACAAGCGCCAGCGACAAUGCAGGUUUUGCAUCACAAAUUUGCACAGGAUUGCAGUGCUAUUUUUUGGACUGCCAGAUCUUGUCAUGCAGCAAACAGUGCUAAGAGGCACAGCCUGGAUUGGGCAUUUUGCAUGACAAAUGAGGGAGAGAAUGACCUUCCACGCCACGAAACCCGCCUCACCAGCAUACGAUUGGCAUUCCGCAGAAGUAUCUUACCUCCGCGGUUCUAUGGUUAUCCCAUUAGCUCGAGCCUCCUUCACCCACCGGGAUACACAAGUUGCUCCUGGAGGCCCAUUCUUCUCUCCGACCGGGCCGCGCCAUCACCUGCGCCUUGUGUGCAGCUGGACCAUCACGACCGAAACUCUCUCGCUGACGUCCUGCUGAGUAGUAAUCCUUCAGAUUUCCGCACUCCGGCAUCCACCAACCAGCUCCAGUGUUGCAGUGGCGAUUAACUUCAAGUUUCUACCUUCCGAGAUCCAGGCGCUCCCAGCUCGUCGUGCCCUUAGCUCAGCAGCGGAUCCUCUCGGGUUGUGGCCUUUCCUCAGAGGUGGGGUUGGGCUUGGGGCGCCAGGCGAAUGGGCGGCUUCGCAGCUACGUUGUGAUCGACAAACUGAGAUCGACGGUAAUAGUUGCGUUGCUGGUCCUGUGCCAGUCGCGGGGCAUGUUCGGGUGUUCCGGGCUGUGCUUUGUGCACCCCUCGGACCCCGCACCCCCCCGGGCUCGGUAGCGCAGUCUGUUAAGCAUGACAAAUGAGGGGGAGGGGGAGUUGUGCACAUUCAUAGUUGCGGGACAAGUAUUACGGGCAUUGGGAGAAGGAAAUACGCAGGAAAUCAGUCGACGGAAGUAGAAUGGAAGAGCUCUUAAUCCACCCGGAAACCGGGCAGCGCAUGCUCCGGUCCAGCGGGAUCUUCCAACCCCGGGAGCCGCUGCACAGCGGUAGUAGAAAUAACGACAAUUGUCCCACCUCCUCGCGAUCUCCAAAAAGGAUAACAAAAGGUGGCACAACCGCGAACCAAAGGAGCAAGAAACCCGACCCGCGGACCGCCAGCGCGGAGGACCUGUUUUCCGCAACGCUGCGCGGCCUCGAGUUUUCCUCUGCGGGCUUGGAACUCAACAAGAACGACAAACGGCUGCUAUCAAGUGCAAAAGUGUCUGGGUCUGGAAGAGUGAAACUUGUAAUGCUGUCUACGGAUUCUAAAAAUAUCUGUGUUGCAUGAGCAGUAAGAGGAGUCAGUUCUUGGCACGCGGAGAGGGCAUUUGUCAUGCGUAAUUAGCAUCAAGAAGCUCUCAAAAAAUCUGUGAUGCUAGCACCAGCAUAACAGACCGGAUGUGUCAUGCAAAAUGUGCACGACAAGCCCCGACUCUUCCAGACCCAGACAUUUUUACAGUUGAUAGCUGCAGUCGAUCAACCAGUCCCUGCAGAACCUCGCGAGCCCGUUGAAACGGGAGCUGCUGAACUCCCGGUCCCUGUCCCCGGAGAAAAAACGGGAAAUCUUGCGGAAAUCCCUGCGAAGCCACCUGUAUGCAUUGCAAAAGUAGCGUACUCGUAGUAUUAAUUGCAGGCAUGCAUGACCAAUCUGGUUCUUUAGCUCAUUCAGCAUUAUAAAUUUCAAUUUUCCAUCUGGAAAAAUUUGUAAUGCUAUUUCUACUAGUACGAUACUUUUGCAAUGCAUAACCUGCAGGAAAACGAAACACAACUGCUGGACAGUCAGGACGUGCUGCGCAUGCUCUACGGGGAGUCCAUGGAGGCGGCGGAUUUUCUGUAUCAAAUGUAAAAAUGUCUGGGUCUGGGAGAAUGCAACUUGUGAUGCGCCUUUCGAUGGCAAAAAAAUCUGUAAGUAUUGCAUGAGCAGCAAAGGAAGUGCAAUUUUUGCUACGUGGAGAGGGCAUUUGUCAUGCGAAAUAGGCAUCAAGAAGCCCUCAAAAAAUCUGUGAUGCUAGGGCACGCAUCACAGACAUCAUGGCUCAUGCAAAACGCGCAUGACAAGUCUCAGAAUCUUCCAGACCCAGACAUUUUUACAUUUGAUAUUCUGAACACCAUGCUGAAGGCGGACAAGGAACUAGAAAUGGUCAGGAAGAAAGAGGAACAGAAGGUAGUCGUGCCACAGGGGGCACAUCGCGGGCGGGGACUGCAACAAAAUCAUCUUCCACAAGAACUCGAUGUACUAGGUGCUGAACAAGAUCCACAAGACGAUGACGAGCCGCGACGUGGCAGACCGAAAGUGAAAGUUAUCCGCACCAGGCAGGAGAUCGAAGAAGAGGACCCUCUGAGCACAAGUGUCUUUGAACUCUUCCCAGUCGUGGACAACAGGGAAAAGACUAGAAAUCUGAAUCAACAAACUAUCCGGUCUUCGACAACGAAAAAACAGUCCGCACGCGGGAGCAAGCCUUCGCGGCUGAAGCAGCGACAGUCCCGGAGCCGGUCAAAAUCGAAAUCACCGCGACAAGGUGGGACAGCUGCUGCUGCACACCAGCAGCGCCAAAGUUCAUCUCGUGGGCAUCGGCAUCAAACAACUUCGAAAGGAGCGCCACUGUCCGCGCGGAUGGGUGGAGCAGGUGGUGGGGGUGGUGCAGCUGGCGCUCAAGUAGGGACCACAGGCUCAACUACGUUGAUGGGUGGUCGCAGCAAUACAAGCUCGAAGCGCAGUACGGGACCAUCAAAUCGCAAGCUCGAGAAACAAAUGAACAACGCAUUGAAACUUCUCGAGGAAACGGCGGCAUUGCUGCAAGAACACUAGAUGAGAAACCUUAACCUGAUUUUUCGCCUACAUCAUUAUCACGAUGACCAUGAGAAUUUGAAGCGACACGUGGUACAUUACGAUUACUCGAUGGAAUAACCAGUUUUGUGACACUUUCAAGGCUGUAAGCAAUGAGGUGCAGUUUGAUGCUUCAGCU